CAUUUCUAAUAACAACAUUAUACUUAGAAAUUUCAUGGGCCAAUCAGCCCAGCCCAUUCAGUAGUCCACCCUAAACCCAUUUUCCUUUCUCUACUCUACUCUGUCAGUGAACAACAAAUGAAGUGAAGAAGACGAACACAAUUCAGAGCUUAACUUAGAAUACAAUAUAAUUGAAAAAAAUUAGAGUAGUGAGAAAUUAGGGUUUGAGUAGAAAAAUGUUUGGAACGGCGAUUAGAAAUGCAGCAAAGAAACUGAAGCCGAAGUUGGGAGCGGUAACGCUGACAACGCCGCCGGAACAGAGACAAACAAUAACAAGAGCUCUCUUUGAUAUUGUUAAGGAACAUGGUCCCAUCACUGUUUCUAAUACCUGGGAACGUGUCAAGGAAGUUGGAUUGAAAGAUUUAACAAGCAAGAAUCACAUGAAAGUAGUUUUGAGAUGGAUGCGAGAGAGACAGAAGCUUCGUCUUGUUUGCAACCAUGUUGGAGCUCAUAAACAGUUUCUCUAUACCACUUGGUUUACCAAACCAGGUACCACUCAAACUACAACGACGACAACAACAACAACAACGAAAAGCAUUCCUUCUAAGAAAAGGCUAGCACGAUCUUGAAGCUUUUAUCAUCAAUAGCCAUAAGCCAAGACUCAGAAGGAUGGGCCAGCUGUUUUAUGCAAUGGGAAGAAUAAUGGAAGACUAUAGUAUGAUUUUAGUGUCACUAAUGAAAAAUCUGAAUAUUGGACCAUAUGUGGUUGGUUGUGUUAAAUUUGCUCUUCCUGAUUGUGUUGCUUCUGUUCCUAUUUUAUUCAUUAGUGUAAACUGGUUGAUUACUGUUAGCACUAUGUAUUGAUGCCUUGGCAAUUGUUUUAUCUCAUUGUUAGCAUUAGUUAGUGGCA